CGCCUGCGCAGUGGAGGCGGCCCAGGCCCGCCUUCCGCAGGGUGUCGCAGCAGUGCCUCCAGCCGUGCCCCGCCUGCUGCGGUGGCCCCAGCUAGGGGGCGGAGUGAAAGUGGUCUUAGGGCGGGUAUGGGACUAGCCGGCGUGUGCGUCCUGAGACGCUCAGCGGGCUAUAUACUCGGUGGGGCCGCCGGUCAGUCUGUGGCAGCGACAGCAGCAGCAAGACGGCGAAGUGAAGGAGGGUGGGCGUCUGGCGGGGUCCGCAGUUUCAGCAGAGCCGCUGCAGCCAUGGCCCCGAUCAAGGUGGGAGAUGCCAUCCCUGCAGUGGAGGUGUUUGAAGGGGAGCCAGGGAACAAGGUGAACCUGGCAGAGCUGUUCAAGGGCAAGAAGGGUGUGCUGUUUGGAGUUCCCGGGGCCUUCACGCCUGGAUGUUCCAAGACCCACCUACCAGGGUUUGUGGAGCAGGCUGAGGCUCUGAAGGCCAAGGGAGUCCAGGUGUUGGCCUGUCUGAGUGUUAAUGAUGCCUUUGUGACUGGCGAGUGGGGCCGAGCCCACAAGGCGGAAGGCAAGGUUCGGCUCCUGGCUGAUCCCACUGGGGCCUUUGGGAAGGAGACAGACUUAUUACUAGAUGAUUCGUUAGUGUCCAUCUUUGGGAAUCGACGUCUCAAGAGCCUCCAAGCCCAGGCUGAGGCAGCUGGCUGGGCCCUUCUUUCCGGCAGGUUCUCCAUGGUGGUACAGGAUGGCAUAGUGAAGGCCCUGAAUGUGGAACCAGAUGGCACAGGCCUCACCUGCAGUCUGGCACCCAGCAUCAUCUCACAGCUCUGAGGCCCUGGGCCAGAUCGCUUCCUCCACCUCUCCCUAUCUCACCUGUCCAGCCCUGUGCCGGGGCCCUGCAGUUGGAAUCUUGGCCAGAUUUCUGCAAUAAACACUUGCAGUUUGUGUCCAU